AUGUCUGAGUCACCUCAGAGUCAUCACCAGAGUGAUGAUGGAAAAGCAAUGCCAUUAGAAGAUCUUAUUAGCUCACUGGCUUUCAACCCAUUUUUAACAAGGAAACAAAUUCCUCGAACUCCAGAGAAUCUGCUUACUGAAAUUCGAAGCUCAUGGAGAAAAGCUCUUCAGACUGAUGGCUCAUCAGACACAGAGCUGGCCCCAGAUGAUGUAACAACAGAAGCAGCUGCAGUGGAUGCUACACCAGACUCUGGACUUGUGUGUUCUCUCGCUGCAGCUCCUGUACCUGACUUUGCUCCAUUGACAGAAAAGAAGUCUCUGUUACGUACCACAGACUUCAGAAAUCCAGAGCAGAUGAGGAGUCACAUCACUGAAUCUCCGGUUUUGGAAACAUCUGGAAUGUGGGAGAGUGAGAGAAGCACAGGAAUUAAAAUCUAUUUUGAACAAAAGUUCCAUGGGAGAUACAAAUGAAUGGAUCAGCAUGGAUACUCUGAGUAUUUAUUUGCAAGACGAUCGUGGGAGAAGGGUUCCAUCUCCAGAUGACUUUCAGGAUUCCUUAGUGGAUCGGAUACUGCACAGCAAGGUAUCAGCCUUA